CUGCACUAUGAGACCCUCCUGGGCAGCAGAGUUUGCCUCCACCUGGCAGCAGCUGCCUGGGCCUGUGGCUUUCUCUAUGCUCUGCUGCACACAGCCAAUACAUUUUCCCUGCCCCUCUGCCAAGGCAAUGCUCUGGACCAGUUCUUCUGUGAAAUCCCCCAGAUCCUCAAGCUCUCCUGCUCCACAUCCUACCUCAGGGAACUUUGGCUUCUUGUGGCCAGUGUCUGUUUAGCAUUUGUCUGUUUUGUGUUGAUUGUGGUGUCCUAUGUGCAGAUCUUCAGGGCAGUGCUGAGGAUCCCCUCUCAGCAGGGACGCCACAAAGCCUUUGCCACCUGCCUCCCUCACCUGGCUGUGGUCUCCCUGUUUUUCAGCACUGGCUUCUUUGCCUACCUGAAGCCUUCCUCCACCUCCUCCCCUUCCCAGAACUUGGUUGUUUCAGUUCUGUACUCAGUGUUGCCUCCAUCACGACAGAAGCGAAUCCUGGUCGGACUGAAGAGACGCAUGAAAUCAAAAUGGAGGUCGGAAAGCAUGAACACUCACUGCAAGAAGACACCACGCCUGCCAGAAGACGCCACACCAUGUUCACCAGCCACCACCACUGCCAUUCGCACCCAGCAGGGAGAAAGCGAUAAAAUGGCAGCGAAACCUGUGGUUCAGCGUGUUCAAUCCCCUUCAUCAACAUCUUCCUCUAAUACUGCCAGCAACAGCUUGGAUUCGGAAGACGAAAACACCGAUGCUAAGAAAUCAAACAACAUCAACUUUGCUUCACAGCCCCUCUUAGGAAAAAUGGAGCACUUGGAGGCUCGCAGUUAUGGCAUUUUUAUGACCACCCUCCUCCCGUGA